GCAGAAUUCGGUAUUCUCCGCUGCGCGCUCACCAUCAGCUGUUUGUUGACACCGCGCCUGCUGCUCUGCCUGACUACCCGCCGCCAGUCCCACCGACAACCAGCCGUUUUUGGCUUAUUGACAGCUCCCCUCUCUGUGUAUUGUGUAGCGCCAUCGCUCUAUUUAUCACUGUUGUUGCGUUCGCCGCUCUGUAUUGCUCUGCGCCGUCGCUGUCUUCGGCUCUGGCUGUCGCUGUGUGAUGCGACUGCGAUUUUCGCCAAAUGCCAACUCCGAAAAUCCAGUUUAUCCCAAGAAGGCAGCAUGUACGGACGUUGUAGCACAAGCACAGGCCGCUCGUAGAACGUGUUGUUUUGGUCAUGAAAAUUCGCGUCGCGCCGCGUCGCCUCGUAUUGUUAUCAGCAUUGCUACGGCUACAUAUAUAUUUACUACGUCGCAGAGGUGUUCGCAACACAGCUGUUGUCGCGGUGUCUACACACAUGAGCUGCGUGUAAUUUUUGGCUUUUAUCCGUGAGUGCGUGCGUGUGUGUGUGCGUGUGUUUUGGUGUACGCAAAAGCACGCGCCAACAGCAUCAACAAUCAAUCGCCGCUCACACACUUGUGGCACCAGUGAACAAAAGCUGCAACCGCAGCUGUGAGCCCAAACGCGCUUACGCCUGGACCCGGGACGGUCAGACGCUGAACGGACGUUUUUGAUUGCGGUUUUCGGUACGCGCCGGUAUAAAAGGCUCACAGCCAAGGCUUCUGUAAAGUGCAAGCAAUCGGUCAUGGAAACUAAGUAGUUGAACUAAAAUGUUUUCAAUAGCAAAAUGUGUGCAAAAAAUAUUGUGCAAUAAAUUUCGGGGUGUUAAAACCAAACAUUAAACUUAGAAAUAAUAAAAGCAAACACAAUAAAUAAUUCCAUUUUAUUGCCGACAAAUGGCGAACGCCAUAUCCUCAUACUCAAGCGAAACAAUUAAUUUUGCAAAGCAAAACAAAAAUAUUGUUUGUGUGUGUGUGAACAAUGAAAAUUGAUUUAUAAAAUAAAAUGAAAACAACAACAAUUCAAAUGUAAAUAAAAACAAAAAGGAAAAAAAAGAAACUAAAAAAACAAGUCAAAUUUUUGUGCGAAAAGCUAUAAAGUGACAUCCGUAACCUAAUAAAAAAAAAAAACAAAAAAAAAAUGUUUUUGCUUCAAAAAUAGUUUCAUAAAUAUUAUAAAAUAUUUGUACUAGUGUAAGUGUAUAAAUUUAAAAAGUCGUGAAGCUGCUUUAUAACAAAAAAAAGUAGUUUCAAGAAAAACAAUAAACAAGUAUUGCUGCUGAGCAUUUAUGAAUAACUAAAUAGUUGUCGCCGCUAUCUUGUGUUAAAGUGAAUUGAUUAAAGUAAAAAAAACGGCGUUUUGCUUAAAAACUAAAAAGUCAAAAAGUUCGCAAAAAGCAGUGUUACUUAAGUGAAAGCUCAACAAAAUUCAAUUAAAGUAAAAUACAUCAGGUGUACGAAAGCUGGUAAACGCGUAACAACAACAACGCGCGCCGUAUCUCGUUGCAAACGAUGCUCGAAAAAUGCCGUGUCGUGAACGACGUAAACUCGAACAAAAACGCUAAAAUUUUUACGCGUCGAAAAUCGCCAGAAAUGCAUUUAAUAAAGCUUUAAAUUACAUUUGCAAAAGGAAAAGUCGAAAAACAGUUGAAACAGUGCGAACAACAACAAGUCGAAGUGAAGCAUAGCGAAAUGCAUCGAUAACUUAAACACAAACCAUACGGUUCUUCGCAUCCUCAACGCUUCGAACACUCACUCACUCGCGAACUAAUCAAAAAUAGGUUCUGUGUGCGCGCAUACGUAUCUCCGCGCGACCGCAACAAUGAGCGAUUCGCUGAAUGAACAACCGGCGCGACAGCCAGCGCUUGAGGAUACGCAAAUGCGACGUGAUAAACCGCAAACGCUCAGCGGCAUUGAGGCCACCAAAGCGCUCAAUCUGCAGGCAACUGCAUCUGCCGCUGUGGCGGACACAAAUAUGGCGGAAGCGCCACAAAGUGACACGCAAAAUGCAGAUCUGGCCGUGAAUUUGGCGCGUAAUCGGGCGCGGUCGCGCACGGUCGGCAGUCGCGUUAGCAGUGAUGGCGCCGGCAGCGCGGGCGGUGCAACGGCGGAAACGCGUGACGUGCGCAAACAUUCGUGUGACGGUGUGGUGAGCAUUGGCGGUGGCAGUGGCAACAGCAGUGGCAUUGGCGGCGUGGCAACGUUGGGAGGCGCGACAGGCAGUGCAUUUGGCAGUGGCAGCGGCAUCGACGAAUUCGGCCGCGCUGAUGGUGCGCGGCGACGUGAGAGCCUCAACUACGAGGACACCAGUCCGUGCAGUCACAGCUUCAAUAAGGCAAUUUUCGGACGCGCCGCACACACAAGGCAGGGUGUGGGCGGCGGCAUGACGCGGAAGUGUGUGCUCACGCUGGAUGGUUACUCCUAUGUCAUAGUGGCCAGCACACCGGAGAGUUUGCCGAAGCGUGAACGUGACGAAAUACCCACCGUUGGCGCUACACCAGCGAUUGGCUCAACAAGUGGCAGUGUAAUCGGCGACAGACGCUCAAAGCCAGACAGUCCCACUGGCAGCAGUUCGACAGGACUAAUAAGCAGCGGCACAGGUGCGGGUGGCCUAUACACAAGUGAGGAAAUAAACAGUACCACAACAACAACAGCGAGUGGCACAAGCAGCACAGUUGAGAGCGUGACCAUCAAUGGUCAAAUUGGAAGGCACGGCUCUCUCACAAUUGUACGACGUUCGAAUAGCCGCAAGAGCUUCAUACAGCUGGAUGCACAGCAGCAAGGUGUACUCACAUCGCCAUCAACAGCUGCCACAACACCUAUAGGUGGUGCAACGCAGCAACAGCAACAACAACUACAUACACCACAACCAUUCGCCGGCACAGCUCCCGAUUUCGCUGCGCAACUGCUCAACAGCAGCGAUAAGAAGUACCCACAGACAUCAAGCAAUUACGCUCCAGCAACAAAUACAGACAAUCGCGCCAACGAUACUAGAAGAUCUAGUAAUAGCGAGCGACAAAUCGAAGGGGAACCAAAUUUUACUGCGCACAACACACCAAACGUUCCAGCCAUUGGAAACCGCCAACAGCGUAACAAUUUUAUAGCAACGCCAGAAGUCGCGACCGGCACCGGCAACGCCGCUGCAGACAGCAGCAACAGCAAUAACGCCGCCUCGGCCGCCACUAAUAGCACAAGCAAUAAGCUCAACAGCGCCGCCAAUAGCAGCAGCCUAGCCACCGCCGCCAACAAAAUGCAAGCAGCAGCAGCCGCACCGGGUUCACCGAGCGCCGAAACUAAUAUCGCGGUCGUACGAGAGAGUGGCGAUGAUAAGUGCGCGACGAGCCUAGAUUUGGCCACGGAAAACUUACCAGCCGUCGAUACACCGGACGCAUGCGAUAAAGCGGCUGUGAGAUUACGCUGCUUAUUGCACUUGUUAAACACUGGCGAUAUUUCGAACGACGUUUUGCAGCGCAAUCUUCAUUAUGCGGCACGCGUGCUCGAAGCCGUCUUCCUCGACGAGUCCAACAGUCAGGAGGCGCAUAAAGGCUGCGCUGGCAAUUGUUGUAGCCAAAGCAGCCACCAACAAAAGCACAGUUGCGCUGGUGGCGUUUGUGCUGAGGAUAGUAGUGGUGGUGGUCACGGCAAUCAGGAUAAUAACAAUUUGUGCAAUAGUUGUUGUUCACGCUCUGUCGACCAACAACAGCAACAACAAAGCAAUGCAUUUGACAAUCAAACCAGCAUCGACAGUCGCACCAAAGGUGUCACAUUAGCACCGCAAACGCACAGCGGACCCACCGGACCGCCGGACACGAUUUUGGAAGCAGACGCCGAAACAGAAGCAGCAGCCGAACAGGAAGCGGAAGCAGCAGCAGCGGAAACAGCGACGACGACGACGACAGCAACAGCUGCCAGUGAAGCAGCUGUAGACGAUGGCACAAAAGCUGCAGAGGCGGAGACGGAGGCGACCACCAGCGCGACUACGGUUAGCAUUGCGGAGUGUGAUAAGAGCGAUAAGCGCGUUAGUGACGGCGGUGAUAAACAGAGUGUCGGCAGCAGCAGUAGUAGCAGUAGUAGUAAUAAAGCAACCACGCAGAGGCAAAGGCGCCUGCGCACACCGGUCUGGGCGAGGUCCAUGUCGACGACGAAUAAAACACGCCUCGCCGACGAAGAUGACGAGCUAUCCGAGGUGCAACCGGAUGCUGUGCCACCCGAGGUGCGUGAGUGGUUGGCCUCCACGUUCACGCGGCAAUCAGCGACCACACGUAGGCGCACCGAUGAGAAGCCGAAAUUCCGCACUGUGGCACAUGCAAUACGCGCCGGUAUAUUUGUGGAUCGGAUAUACCGCAGCGUCUCACGUACGGCGCUCAUGCAAUUUCCGCCAGAAGUUGUCCAAAUACUCAAGAACUUGGACGACUGGUCAUUUGACGUGUUCGCCCUGGCGGAGGCAGCCGGUGGCCAGCCGAUCAAAUACCUCAGCUACGAUUUGCUCAACCGCUACGGCAUCAUACACAAAUUUAAGAUAGCGCCUGCCACUUUGGAAAUCUUUUUGAAUCGCGUCGAGGAGGGCUAUUGCCGCUACCGCAAUCCAUAUCACAACAACAUACAUGCGGCCGAUGUGACCCAGACGACGCAUUAUGUGCUCUGCCAGACGGGUCUCAUGAAUUGGCUGACGGAUUUGGAAAUAUUCGCCACUUUGCUUGCCGCACUCAUACACGAUUUCGAGCAUACCGGCACUACCAAUAAUUUCCAUGUAAUGUCUGGUUCCGAGAAGGCACUGCUCUACAAUGAUCGCGCCGUACUGGAGAAUCAUCAUGUGAGCGCCGCUUUUCGUUUGCUCAAGGAGGACGAUUGCAAUAUAUUGGUUAAUUUGUCGCGCGAAGAGUUUCGCGAGUUUCGCACACUCAUCAUUGACAUGGUGCUGGCCACCGAUAUGUCUUUCCAUUUCCAACAGCUUAAGAACAUGCGAAAUUUGCUCACCCUGAAUGAGGCGUCGGUGGACAAGUCCAAGGCAAUGGCGCUGGUGCUGCACUGUUGUGAUAUCUCGCAUCCGGCUAAACGUUGGAAUCUCCACCAUCGCUGGACGAUGCUGUUGUUCGAGGAAUUCUUUCGGCAGGGCGAUUUGGAGCGAGAGCUUGGCCUGCCAUUCAGUCCCAUGUGCGAUCGCAACAAUAUACUGUUUCCAGAGUCGCAAAUCGGUUUUAUUGAUUUCAUUGUGGAUCCCAGUUUGUCCGUCAUGUCCGAUAUGCUAGAGUAUGUGUUGACCCCGUUGGCGCCCAUGUGCAAAACGUCGAAUGCGAGUAUUGAUGCCGGCGAUGCGCCAGUAGAUGGCGCGGCUGCGUGCACACGCAAUAAGACAGACAAUGAAAGCGUUUCGUCGGCGUCUUCGCAACAAGACGAGACUAAUACCAAGCCAGCGGUGACCAAACCCAAGUUCAGCAUACGAAAGCCGUGGCUUACCUGUCUGAAUGACAACAAGAAAAUCUGGAAAGAGCAAUCACUCAAAGAGGAGGCUGCACGCAAUGAAAAAGCUCAACAAAAAGAGGGUGAAAGCGAGGAGUAAAAGCAAGGAGUACAACUGAGGACUAAACGCAGUUGAUUUAAGUAAGGGCAACACCACAUAUUGGAACUGAAUAUAGAGACUAACAUGUGUAGAAAAAGUAGCGGAAACUAAUACAGUUAAAUACAAAAAUACACACAAAUACAAGCAAAAUACAUAUAUGUACAUAUAUAUAUAUAUCUAUAUUUAAAUGGAAUAUUUUGUUUUUGUUGAAGCUGCAAUUAAUUGUUUUGUAGUUAUACAACGGCAUUAUGUGUGUAUAUCUCUAAAACGAACGAUUGUUGUGUUGCGGGCAUACAAACAAUUAAAAUACAGUUAUUAUUUCUAAUUACAUAUAUGCUUCAAUAAGUCUCAACAUUAUUGUUAAGUUUAUGUUAAAAUGAAUAAUAAAAAAGCAAAAAACUAAUUAGUAGCAGACUUGUACAUAAAACAUACGAAAAUAUGCCUGCAUGAAUGUACUUUAUUAUAAAUAAUAAUAAAAAAAAAAAUAAAUACAAAAAUAAAAUGCAAAAAUUAAUUACAAAAAAUAAAUAAAAAAAAUAAAUUUAAAAAUAUUGAAAAAGUGGAAUUUACAUGCAAAUAAUUUAAAUUACUUUAUGAAAAAAAAAUGAAAAAUUAAAAAUCAAUGCUUUGUGAGUGCUGAUUGGAGUUUAUGUAAACAGUAGCCAUUUUAUGUAUAGAAAAACAACCGUUAUUAAUUGUGUAAAACAAAAAGUGUUUUUGAACAAACUCAAUCAAUCAGCAAUAAUGCUAAAUAAAUAUAAGCAAGCACACCUACAUACAUACAAACAGCCAUAAAUGUAAUAAAUAAUAUUAGCUGCAGUUGAUUAAUUUGAAUUUUGUGGCUAAUUAAACUGCUUUGAACAAAGUGGAAAAAACACAAUGCAAACCAAAUUACUAAAAAUUAUGAAAAAUAAUAAAAUUGAAUAAAAUGCAAAUUGAAAGUAGUUUGCAUGCUCUUGUUCAUAACUGUAGAACCUGAGAAGCAUAAAAUUUGUAUAAUUUCAAAGCAAAAUAAACUGCAAUAUGUUAAAGUUGUGUGUAAUUUAACUAAGUAUGAAGCUUAAUUAAAAUUUAAU